UCAAUAAGCAAAGUUAUUUUAUAUACCAAAACACUAUUAAAAAAGCUCAUAACUUUUCUUUCCUUCUUCUUCUGCUUCUUCUUCUUCAUUUUCCCUCAUAAUUUUUUCCCCAGAAAAUCCCAAUGCAACUCAACUCAACCUAUCAAAACUCCAAAGUAAAAACUUGUUCAUUUUCUCAUAUAUGCAGCCCCAUUAUUUUUAUUGUCAUUAUCACUAUUUUUCUUCCUUCAUUUUCUUACUUGCUAUUCUCUUCAACUAUGGCUGUUCUGACUCAUCCAUUGGUAUUGGUUACCGGUUCACUCUGCCUGUGGUGGUGGGCAUCACCAGUGGAAGAGCUUUCUUAGUUGAGACCAAUGAAAUGGAGCCAAAUUUCAAGGUGGCAUUGAGUGUGGAAGCCAUUGGAGAAAAGUUCUCUUGCUCUUUGGAAGUGUUUUUGGGAGAUGUUAAAGUGUGGAAUUCUGGUCACUACACAAGAUUUUACUUGGUUGAUAAGUGUGUUCUUGAGCUCACUCAAGAUGGAGACUUGAGAUUGAAGGGUCCUAAAGAUAGAGUUGGGUGGAGAGCCGGCACUGCUGGACAAGGUGUGGAGAGGUUACAGAUACUAAGAACAGGAAAUCUAGUUCUAGUUGAUGCCUUGAACCGUAUAAAGUGGCAAAGUUUCAAUUUUCCAACUGAUGUUAUGCUUUGGGGACAGAGACUUAAUGUUGCAACUAGGUUAACUUCUUUCCCAAGCAACUCAACUUCAAUUUACUCUUUGGAAAUUAAGAACAACAAGAUUGCACUCUAUCUAAACUCUGGUGACUCCAGCUACUCAUAUUGGGAAUUCAAGCCUUCUAUGAACAGAAACUUAAGUUUUAUGGCAUUGAGUUCAAAGGGAUUGGAGUUGUUCAAUGAUCAAAGUAAGAAAAUCGCGCAAAUUCGAUCCCAAGUACUCAAUCCCCCCCUGCGAUUUUUGGCAUUGGGAAACAAAACUGGUAACUUAGGCCUUUACUUUUACUCCUCAAGCAAAGCUCAAUUUGAGGCCUCUUUUCAAGCUCUCAACACCACUUGUGAUCUUCCUUUGGCUUGCAAGCCUUAUGGAAUUUGUACCUUUUCGAAUGCUUGCUCUUGCAUUCGGCUUCUUAAGAGGGAAGAAGAAGGGGUUAAUUUGGAUUGCGGUGAAGGAUUUCCACGGGGAUUUUGUGGCAGGAAAAAGGAGGUGGAGAUGGUUGAGUUAGAAGAUGUUAGGAGUGUGUUAAGAGAUAAUGAUCAUAGUAGAAGAGACAAUGUUAGUAAAACACAAUGCCUUGAGAUGUGUUUGGAUGAUUGUAAAUGUGCUGGUGCUGCUUUUAACUCACAAUCUUGUUUUUUGUACAAAUUGGUAGGUGGACUUAAACAAGUGGAUAGAGGAAGUGGAAUGAGUUUCAUUGUUAAGGUUCCUACGGGAAGCACUAGUGGUACUCAUGGAAGAUCCAACGUGAAAAAGUGGGUUGUGAUUUUGGUGGGAGUAGUUGAUGGAAUGAUUAUUUUGCUUGUUUUUGGAGGGCUUGCUUAUUAUUUGAUUCGAAAGAGAAGGAAUAGCCAUGGUGAUACUCCUAACAAUUGACAAUAUGAGAUUCAUUCUUGGAAAUAUAAAUCAUUUUUUUUUAUUUAUAAAAAUAUACAUUUUUUGUUGUUGGAAAAAUGCUUAGAAUUCAGAGUGAAAUUACAUCGUGAGCUGAGUUGGUGUAUUUAGGUUGGCUCGUGUUGCUACUCAUCCCGGGAAGUAGCAUCACUUUUUGGAAGAGGGGGAGGUUUGCAGGGAUUAUAUAUGCUCUCCAUUUUCUGGUUUUCUCUUUCUCUGGUUGAGCAGACAUUUUUAAUACUUUUGGAUGUUCAAAUAUAAGGAAUCUAUAUUUGUUGUAGAGUUACCCAAAUCAAGUACUAUAUGCUCAAUU